UAGCUCAGAAGGCUGAUGUUGAGAGCCUGCCUGGGAUCCAUCCAUCCAUCCUUUGACCCCGAAGCUGCUGUACUCGUGACCAGCUCUUUUGAUAAUUCGCCUCCUUCCGUGCAAGCCACGGUUCUGUGGAAGGAGAUCCCGGGCCCGGCCAGUUCAGGGGCUUCUGAAAGGAAGCAACCGCGGUCAGGAAAAGUUUCCUGGCUGACAAACGGGUGGCCUGUUGGAAAGCCACCGUCAGACGGGAGGCGAGCCCCGGCUGGCCCCGGCUGGCCGUGGGACGCGUCCCCCCCCCGGGGAGCAGGGAAGCGCAGCCCAUUGUCCGCGGCCCCUCUCCUCCGCGUGUUGCCAUGGCAGAUUCUCCGCCAGAGAAGGCUCCGCCGGGGAGCCCAGUGCUCAUGCUCAGAAGAGCAUCUGUGCAGGAGGGCUCCGUUCGCAGCGGCCAUUCACACAGACCGUCGCACAGGCAGCGCCAGCGAGCAGGAGGAAGACUCAACUAAGAAGAUGCCGAAGACUUGCCUAAGCAGAGGGGUCAUUUUAGUGCCUUUAAUUCUUGUCGUUGGGCUUAUUUCUACAAAGCUGGCGAAGGGUGAAGAAGAAUCCGGAACAGCAAUUCCUGCUGAAAGUCGUCCCUGUGUUGACUGUCAUGCAUUUGAAUUCAUGCAGAGAGCGCUGCAAGAUUUAAAGAAGACAGCAUAUAAUUUAGAUACACGGACGGAAACCUUGCUUUUCAAAGUGGAGAAAAGAACUCUGUGUGACUGCUUACCUGCGAACGCCUUGAACUGAAUGCCGGGGGUCCACUCUUUGGUUUCAAAAUGCCACUCUUAAUGUAGACAGAGUUGUGAAAUUAGUGGCCGCCAGCACGUCAGCUGAAACCAGGCUGGGGGCGGGGGGGCGGGGGGGGGAUUUGGGGGUGAGGUUGCUGUGUGUCUGCCGCCUGGCGGCUUUUACAAAUCUCUAGUUUUUUCCCCAUGUUACUGUUAGCAUGAACACUGAGGUAUUUUCAAGAGCCAGAAGGGAUUUAUUUUGUUAAAUUUAUAUCCUGUCCUUUCCCCAUAGGGCUCAGUUAUGAUUUGGUGUAAAAUAAAUUCAAACAAUAUUUUGGAAUGCUCAGCUGUUUUAACUUUACAUUUCUGUCUGGACUGGGAGGGGUGGUACACCUAUGAUCAAAAUACCUCCUUCAGCACCCACACUUCAUUUCUUCAGUGUUUACAGGAAUAAUAGCUAGAUUUCACUAGCAUCUUAAAAGUUAACAAGAUUUUCAGAGUCCAAGCUUUCAAACUGUUUAAGGAUCUCUCAAAAGCUGACUCCCCAAAAAUCCUGCUGGUCUUUCUAAAGUGCUCCUUGGCUUGAAUCUAACUCUUCUACUGCAGACCAACAACACAGCAACCCUCUGAAACGACCAACACAGAAAUAAUCCUAUGUUAUUUGAAGUAUACGAAGAACAGCACAAUGUCACAAACUUACAAGUAAACCAGUCAACCAUUCACUGAUGCAAGAUUUUCUAUCACAUUUUGUCUGCAUUAGAACCACAUUUGGUUAAGUUUUACCAGCACUCCUGAACUGUGAUUCUAAAUUUUGUUUUUUACCCUUUUGAUGUAUUUUAUUUUGUCUCUGCUGUAAAAGCUGCCUUGAGCUCCAUUAGGAAGAAAGGCACCUAAUCAAUGUUUUAAAUGAAUAAAAAUACUUAAUGAAACAAA